UCCCUUUUCUCACUUUCAUCCUAAUCGCCGACUUAAACAAAACAGAACAAGAAAAAAACUGCGAAUUCUUCUGUUUUCUGGUGAUCGAUCACACAUCUCCUACAGAAGAAGAAGAUCAGAAGAGAGAAAGAAAAAAAAACUCGAUUAAAUGGAUCGUUUGAGUAGAAGUUUUCUUCUGUUUCUAUUGGUCUUACUUUUAGAUUCUCCAUUAACAUGCCAGAGUUGGGGAUGGUUCUCUUCUUCUUCAUCGGAGAACACAGACUCUUCUUCUUAUUCUCGGUCGUCUCAUCAGAGGUCCAACCCCGAGUUCUCCAUUGAUGUUUUCAGUGACCAGAAGGCGGUUCGAGUCCUUGAAGAUGCCAAAAACAAGCUUGUUGGUCCAAACAGUUGCUGGCAAAAUGCUUAUAGGUACCUCUUCUCUGGCUGCAAAGAAACAAUUGCCACAGAAGAAAAGAGAAAGAGGUUUGCUUGGCAUUUAAGCGAUUGCUUUCUUAAAGACUCUGGGAGACCUGCUUUUCCAAGUUGUAAUGAUGAUUCAACAAUGAUGAGUUGCCUCAAGAAGCUUGAUGAUCAUGAGCAUAAGAUUUAUCUCGAGUUCAUGCUUGAGACCAACACCAUCUGCCAACAAUUACAGAGUUACGCGUUCAAGAACGAGAUAGAGAGACUUGUGAAUGAGCUGAAGACUUCAGCUCAGAAUACAGAAGAUAAAUUGGAUAUCUUGGAGAGUAAAUCUGAUUCUUUAAUGAAGAGCUCGAGCUUGAUUCAUGAUUCUCUAGGGUCAAUAGAUGCUCGGGUUCAAAACGUGGCUCAUGUGACAAACACCAUAGAAACUCGUAUGAGUGGACUGUCUCAACAAACUGCAGAAAUAUAUCAAGAACAAAAGAGUAUUGCAGAAUCACAGAUGGAGCUAAUGGACGGUCAAGUGAAGAUGAAAGAAACCUUGAAAGAUGGAAUGGAGAUGUUCACUGAUGCCUAUACUAACAUCCAGGAAGGAGUUGAUAAGUUAAAAAGCGAUACAAAGCAGAUUGAAGGGGAAAUAAGUGUACUUGGAGAAAACCUAUCAACUAGAAUGAAUGAUUUGCAGAGUAAAACUGAUGACAUUGGAGUUAAGGCUGGUAGCUCUUUGGAUAAACAAAAGAAACUUUUAGAUGGCCAAUCCGUGGCACUUGACGGGAUUCAGUUUCUUACACGGUUUCAGUCUGAGGCACUGCAAGAGAGUAGAAAUACAUUGCAACGGUUGAAGGAAUUUAGUCAAGAGCAACAGGAAGAUCUUGCAAAGCGGCAAGAAAAGCUUCAGGAGGUUCAUGAUCAUCUGUAUGAAAAUUCAAAAUCAAUGUUGGAAGCUCAGGUAGCGUUUGAGGCAAAACAGGCAAACAUGUUUGUAGCUUUGGACAAGUUGUAUGCUUUGCACAAUGCGAUGCUUCUCGAGUCCCGAGUGAUUAAAGCCUUCUUCAUCUACUUCUUGUCAAUCUUUGUCAUCUACAUGUUUACAAGUACAAAACAGACUUAUAUCAUAAGGCCAAGGCUUUACAUUGGUUUGUGCGUUACCUUAGCAUUAGAAGUGGCAAGUUUACGCUAUGUAAAUGAUGCAGAACGUCAAGCAUGGAUUAUAAACCUUUUGAGGUCUUUAUUCGCUGUUCUUGCAUCAGCUCAGCUUCUUCAUUCUGUUUUCACAUACAGGGACUAUGACGUACUAAACCACCAGAUCUUGUUAGGAUUAGUUGACAAAGUUAAUAACAUGCUAAGCAAGAGAGAGAACUCGUGGGAUGAAGAAGAUACAGAGAGCGAGGUAGAUUGGACAUCUUGGAUCAAUACAGAUCUAACUGAUGAUGAUGAAAAUCUUGGAGAUGCUGAUUUCAAAAUCCCACAAGUGAUCAAGAACAAACCGGAUAUUACUUCUUCGACGAUGACUAGAAGAAUGUAUAACUUACGUCCGCGGUAGAAAGCAAAGUCUUUUACACUAUAUAAUUGUGUGCUAUUGUGUUGUAAUAAUGUAUCCUACAUUGUGUUGUAAUAAUGUAUCCUACAUGCCUUGACUACUACUUUAGCUACAAAGAUGCAUAGAUAGAUAGAUAUGUGAGUUUGAACUUGUGGAGAAGGUUUUGCAAUUUCCCAAUCCCAUCUUCAUAGCUCCAUAUCAGUCAAUCCACAAAACAACAUUUUUAUCCACUA